AUGGCAAAGACGAAUUUGAACAAGAAGACUGAAUUGAAUGAGAAGGAAAGGAAGGAGGCUCUGGACAAAAUAAUGAAGCACAGGUUCUUUGUGACUCAGACUGGAUAUCCACCACAGAAUGGAUUUCUGGAAUAUGGGCCAGUUUUGACAGCAAUGAAAAAUGAGAUGAUCAAUAUGUGGCGUAGGAUUGUGGUGGAUGAGGAGAUGAUGGAGAUAGAUACAAGUGUAAUGGUGCCAUACGAUGUACUGAAAGCAAGUGGACACAUCGACAAGUUCUGUGACGUGGUUCUGACAGAUGGAAUUACAACAGUAAGGGCAGACCAUUUUAUUGAGGAAAAGGCAGGAGAACACUUCAUGGUUCCACAGAGCUGUACAAGAGAGGCAGUGGAGCGUGUGAAGCAGUUGAAGCACGAGAUGAUGAAUCAGAAAACGAUAGAAAAUAAGUUAAAGAGCAUAAAACUAAACAAAUUCAAACAAUUUGACAAGAAGAAAGUAGAACUAAUUACAAGCAAGUUUGACACCGUCAGAAAGCAUCUAAGUGAUUGCAAUAAGGAUGAAAUUGACUUCAUCGUGCAGUCACACAAUCUCACGACAGAAACAGGUGAGUUUAUGCCUGCUAAGGAUUUCAACCUCAUUUUUAAGCUUAAUGAUGGUCAAUUUUUGCGACCUGAAUUGGCUCAGGGCAUUUUUGCCAAUUUCAGUAAGGAAUAUGUCUUCAACAACGGACAGAUGCCAUUUGCAUGCUACACCAUCGGCAAAUCGUACAGAAAUGAGAUAUCUGCGAGAGGCGGAAUGUUCAGAACCAAAGAGUUCUACCAGGCUGAAAUCGAAUACUACACUGAAGAUGGCUCACACGCUGAUUUUGAUUAUGUCAUCAAUAAUAAGCUGACUCUUCUACCAAAUGCAGUUGAAACACCAUUCGAGAUGAAUCUGAAAGAUGCCUACUCCAAGAAGAUCAUUUCUUCUCAAGCAAUCUGCGUAUUCAUUUCCAGGUGCCACAUUUUCAUCACUGAAAUUGGAAUUGAUCUCAGUCGUGUCAGGUACAGACAGCAUCACGUCUGUGAAAUGGCCACUACGCCAAUGACUGUUGGGACCUGGAAAUUCAGACUUCUGGUGGCUGGGUUGAAUGUGCUGGAAUUGCAGACAGAUCCAAUUACGAUCUCACAGUUCACUCCAAGUCAAUCAACUCGUACGUCAAGAAGGCAAUCAGUCCAAUCACCACUUUUGAGUUGA